AUCCAUCAGGAUUCAACUAGCCUUGGAAUACCAUCGGUUUCCUGUCAUCAUCUCACUCACAGAAGACUUCUUAAUCAUCUAAGAUUAUCUGGGAACACAUUGUGCUGACAUUCAUGCUGGUUUUCCUUUCAGCAUCGAUCGGUUUUUUCUCGCCUUUCCCAUCGCUUUCGGCUCUUGCGACUUGGGGUGUCCUCAUCCCAUCCACCACAACUCGGGGUCAUCGAUCCUGUCAAUAUAAACAAUCGCGGGUGAUCCAUCUUUUAACCAACCUCUCCUGGGUUUACUGUUGUGGUAGGUUUGGAUGGACUUUGCCCACUUUGCCCAUACCCUCCUCAUAUUCCCGUUUCUGCCUUUUCCCUCUUCCAACAUCCGCCCACCCCCACUCAUCCUGUUCCCUUCCUAUCCGGAUCGAUCCUAUUCACCCCCAAACAAGAGCAGCCGGUUGAUACGAUCAUCAAUGUAGUAGCAGUGUGGUAGCACCCGCUUUUGGACCUUUCCCAUCAUGCAAGCUGUCUCGUACGAACAGCAUGCGGCUCCGGGGGUGUCGCCUGCCUAUAGCGAUUAUCGCUCGCCUCAGGAGCCUUCCCCCAGGAGCUCGGUGCCUAAGAACGUCGCCUUCGAGCUGCUACUCGAUGAGAACUCUAAGGUGCGGGCUCGCAUACCUA